AUGCCGACUCCACUUGACAACGACAAGACUGUCUUUGCAUCGCGCUAUUCGACCUUCACGGGGAAGCUUGUCAAAGUUAUCACAGAAGACUCACAUUUCCGCGGGAACAACACGGGGUUGCAAUUGCCAAGAAGUGUACGCGUCCUCACUGGAGAUGUUUGUAUUAACUAUUCAACAAGCUCGUUGUUAGUCUCUCUCGUGCUGAGCUGUCUCGAGAAGACGAUAGGUCCCAAAGCGGAGUUCCAGUAA